AGUGUUUAUUAUUGUGUUUUUUUUAUGUCAAUAAACCACGUGCAUUAUUAUUUUAAAAAUAUUCAACAACAAUGGAGUCAAUUGCACUGUGUCGUGAUGUUUUAUCAAUAAAAUGUAUCAAAGAAUUUAUUUUUUUGGGUGUUGGCAAUCAAUUGAGAGCAUUUGAUAGAUCAAAUUUUAAAAAUAUUGGAAUUAUUGAUGCUUUUCCAAUAGACGUUAUUCAUGGAAUAAUUGAAGGUGAAAAUAAAAUCCUCGUUUUUGGUGGUAGAAGCCUUGGAAUUUUUACAUAUAAAAAAAUAAAAAAUGAUGAAUUACAAUUUGAUAAUAUUUUUUAUCAUUACUUUAGUGAUUGGAUAAUUUCAGCUGAUUUUUAUUCAAAUGAAAAUCAAGAUAAUGUAUAUAUUUUAUUUGCUCAUAAUAAUUUAUAUUUAUUUAAUUUAAAUACAAAAAAUUAUAAAAAUAUAUUAUGUGAAGAAAAAUGUAUAAUUUACAGUGGUUGUUUAUCACGUGAAAAUUCAAAUGAACUUGUUGUACUAAGUGGUACAGUAUUUCAAGAAAUUUUAUUAUGGAAAAUUAAUAAUAAAAAAGAUUAUUCAGCAACAGAUGUGCCAAUUAUUCAUCGUUUAAAAGGUCACAAUGGUGUUAUAUUUUCAAUAUCAUAUGAUCCAUCACAGCAAUUAAUAACAUCAACAUCAGACGACAGAACAAUUCGUCUUUGGAAAAUAAAAAAAACAGAUGUAAAACAAGAUGAUGAUUUAACAACCUCAACAAUUGAUAUUGUAACAACAAUGUUUGGUCAUACAGCAAGAGUAUGGAAGUCAGUGAUAAUUAAAAAUUAUGUCAUCAGCAUUGGUGAAGAUUCAUUGAUUUGUAUUUGGUCACUUGAUGGUAAACUUUGUAAUAAAAUAAUUGCUCAUGGAGGUGCAACAAUAUGGAGUAUUGAUGUGUCUGAUGAUAGAUCAACAAUUUUCACUGGUGGUGGUGAUGGAGCUGUUAAUAGUUGGCCAUUAAAUACCGGUGAUAAAUCUGAGCUAAUACCAUAUUUAUCAUACGAUAAUAAAACACCAAAAUAUGUAAAUUAUUUAGCAUCUGGAAAUCUCAUUGUAUUUAUUGAUGGUGGAAAAUUAUUAACUUAUAACUCAAAUAAUUUAAUGCCAAAUUUAACAAUUAAUUUAACAAGAUAUGAGAGUUAUUGUUUAAUGCAAUUAUCACCAAAUAGAAAAUUAAUUGGUUUUGCAUCUAAAAAUGGUGAUUUAACAAUAUAUCAAGAAAUAUUAAAUGAAAAUUUUAAAUUACAAAAAAUAAUUGAUCAAAAAAUUGUCGAAACGAAAAUAUUUUCUUUGCAAUGGUUAAAUGAUGAAAUGUUGCUAUUAUGUGCUGAUCGUGGUGCAUUAAAAAUCAUAAAAAUAAUUGAUAAUAAACGUAUUGAUGUAUUUGCUGAAUUUACAUUACCACCAAAUCGUGAAUGUUGGACAACAGCAUCAAUAUAUAUUAAUAAUAUAUUAAUAUGUGGUGAUCGUUCUGGUAAUGUAUUUGUAUUUAAUUUUGAUAAAAAUCCACAACAAAUAUUUUCAAAAAUACAUGGUAAACUUGGUGUACAAUCAUUUGGUUAUCUUGGUAAUAAAUUAAUAAGUACUGGACGUGAUGGUACAGUUAGAUUUUAUAAAAUAUAUAAAAAUCCAUCAACCGCAUCAAUAAAAUUACAAAUAUUACAUUGGAAAAAAAUACCAAUUGAAUGGGGAAGUAAAAUAAUUAAAACAAAUGAUGAUACAUAUAUAUUGGGUUUUAAAGAAAUUGAAUUUAUGAUAUACAGUUGUCGUCUUGAUAGAUUAACACUUAGAAUUGUAUGUGGUGGUGGUCAUAGAUCAUGGGAUUGUAUAUUUAAUAAUAAUAAUGUUAACUUUGUUUGUAUACGUGAUAAACAAAUUCAUUUAUUAAAUAAUCCAUCAUGUUUUAUGAGUAAUUCAAUUAUUUCUGGUUAUCAUACUAAAGAAAUUCAUUCAUUGUCAUUUAUUAAAACACCAACAAAACACAAAAUAAUUAUGUCUGGUAGUGAAGAUUGUACAAUUAGAAUAUGUACAUUUAUUAAAAAUCAUUUAAAUAAAUAUGAUAUUAUUCCAUUGGGUACAUUUGAUGGUCAUAAAUCAAAUGUAAUAUCAUUAAAAAUUGUUAAUUUACAUGAAGAUAAUGAUAUUACAAAAAAUCUUGUAUUCUCAGUUGGUGGUAGAGCACAAUUAUUUGUUUGGCAAAUAAAUGUUAAAACAAAUAAACAAUUAAUAAGUAUUGAAGAUGUAACUAUGAUUGAAUUAACAUCAUUUAUGUUAAAUAGCAAUGACAAAGAUCGACGUAAAACAACAAAAAAUAACAAAUAUUUAAUGAAUCCUGAUACUAGAUUUAUGGAUAUAACUACUUAUCAAAUUGAUUCAAAUACUAUUAUUUUAUUUAUUGCAUGUUCAGAUGGUUUUAUAAGAAUAUUUACUUACAAUAUUACAAAUAAUAUUAUUUUUUAUGCAACUGAAUUGCUAUAUAUGAAUCGUUGUAUCAUUAAAAUUCAUACAUUUUUACAUGAAACAAAUGUCAUUGUCAUGACAAUGGCAACUGAUGGUAAAAUUAAUUUUUGGCAUAUUAAUAAAUCUAUUAUAAAUAAUAUUUUAUCACAAAAAAAUGACAAUAAUAUUGAUGAUUUAAUAAAACCAUUUGGUUCUUUGUCAAUUCAUCAAUCUGGAAUAAAUAGUUAUGAUUUAAAAAUGAUAAAUAAUUUAUAUUAUUUAACAACUGGUGGUGAUGAUAAUAAAUUAAAUAUUAAUAUAUUUAAAAUUAAUACAUCUGAAGCUAAUGAAUUAUCAAUUUUUGAUUUAGCCAAUUGGUACACAUCAACAGCUCAUUCAGCACAAAUAACUGGUGUUAAAUUUAUUGAUGAUAAUCAUAUUGCAAGUGUUGCUAUUGAUCAAAAAUUUGUCAUUCAUAAUUACACUUAUAAUAAUGAAAUUUUAAAAGUAAAAUUAUUUAAAAAUGAACAAUUUUUUAUUGCUGAUGUACAAGGUCUUGAAUUAAUUCAUGAAAAUAAUAACAAAAUUAUUGCAUGUGCAUAUGGACAAGGUUUAUCUAUGAUUAAUUUUCAAUAA